GACUUGUGUCAGUCUGAUAUUGAACAUACGCGUGUUUGGACGUGCCAAUAACUGUUGAAAUUCUACGCCGGUUAUUUGUUGUGUCAAAUAAACGAAAAAAAAAAUUAAAUUCGAGUAACUUUAGAACGGAAUUAUUUUUAAUUCAAAUAAAAACUCUCUCUCCCCGCCCGAAUCCCACCUUUUAUCAGUUUGCUCUCUUUUUAUCGCGCUCUCUCUCUCUAGUCUUCCCAAGAAAAACCAUACAAAAUGUCUCACUCCGUGACCAUUACACGUACCACCACCAGCACCACCAACACUUCCUACAUUGUCCUCAACACUGGCUAUUUGAAGAGUUUCAGUGGCCUUCUCAAAUUGGCUGAAUUGCUAAUUGGUGCUGCCAUGGUUGGCAUUUUUGCCUACUAUCAAAAGAAUGGCGCCUGUUUCUAUUCCAUGGAAGGUGUUGUCUUCGCCUUCCUAAUGUCGGUGACAUUUAUGAUAGGGACAUUCUGUUUGCUGUUAUCGUGUCUCACGUCGCUCAGUACCGGGGGCAUUAUAUCGAAAACAAUUUAUGAAUUAAUCUAUCACAGUGUUGCUGCCAUUCUCUUGCUAUGCUGCUCCCUGCAGGUCGUCAUUACAUUGGGUGACCGACGUUACCGAAGCAAUUCCCAGAGUGAUGCCUACUUUGCUGCCGGUGUAAUGGGUUUGGUGAAUGCCGUUUUGUACUUUAUCAGUGCCUUCUUGGCCCACCGAUCUUAUCGUGGCAUUUAAAUGCAUAUAAACAAAUACAUAUGGAAAACCAGCAAAAACAACAUCCAAAGCCACAAUUUUAAAAUUUUAAAAUAAAUAAGAGUAAUUUCUUUGGUAACCGAAUAAACCGCAACUUAAAAUAUAUCCACAACAUAAGUCCAAAGAAUUUGAAAAA